AACAGGAUUUGUCCGGACCACCUCGGAUUUUGCAUGAUCCUUCCCCGCGUUCCUACAAAAGAGCAGCUUUUCAUGGCUAUUUCGUUGCGUUUCGUCGUAGAGCCUAGCCAUUAGCCUCUCCGCCUCCUCGCGUUCGGUCCCAGUCCGUUGGUGACUGUAGUGCUCCGUGCCACGAGAGAAGCCAAGCCGCAAGAUGGCAGUAUUCGCGAGCGUAGUGGUCCUGGAUGAAACAUUGAGUUACGUGCAAAGAAAAGUUUCUGACGGUGGUAUUUUCCGCUUGUCGCCAACUGAUGGAUUGAAAAAACGGCCGGCAACGCUGAGUCCGAUCCAUGCCUCCGACCUGCUGGUGGGGGACAGCGAAAGUUGCCACUUCAAGAAGUUUGGUGUCAACGUCGGCUCUGAAGAAGUGAAGUGGCUCUUGUCUGGCCUAGAAAGGGUGUUCUUGUACCACAAGGAGAAAUUCAUCCGCAAGCCGUUCCUCGCACCCAUAUCAACCUGCAUAGGGAACAUUGUUUCCAAUUUGAGCCUGCUACUGGGUGGUCCCCUUGAUGGCGAAGGACACCCCAUUGCGCCAUGUACCGUCCAAUCAUUGGCUGAGCUAAGGUUUGCGAUAGCAGAUCCCAUCGUCUUGAUGAUCUGCGCCUUUUGGGGAUACAAGUUGCAUCAUGAGGAGACAGUGAAGGGAAGCUGCAGCACCAGUGAUCAGUCCCCCAGUCACACCAGCAGAAGCGUCUCUGGGAGUAGCAUAGCAAACUAUUCCAUCUACACCAUCAGGAAGGGCGAAGCUGUUGUGGCCGUGCUAAUGGCAGCAAAGCUGACUUACAACAAGAAGUUUCAGCAUGCUCUGGGCCAGCUCCUUGGGUACUACAUCAAAUUUUUGACAGAUGAGGAGAAACCUCCCCUCUGCUUUGUUUUGUCGGAGAAGGAUGUGCAGUUCUUGUGCUUUCCAUACAGCCUUUCAAGAGAAAUGAAAACGAGAGUGGUUUCAGUUGUAGACUGCCUUGUGCUACCAGAGCUGCCGUUCAUUGAUGAGUCCCGCCACGGUUUAGUCAACCAGCACUUGCUGAGUCUCAUGUUAUUGCUCAGCAGCAAUGAGGUGGACUUGUACAAGGACUAUACUAUGAUCCUGCUAAGAGAUGCCACAGAGAAAGAUUCUUUGAAGACACAUAUCCAAGGAGGAAGAGGCACCCAAGAGGAUGAAAGCGGAGAAACGAGUGAAGGAAGCGGAGAAAAAAUGGAAGGAACUGGAGCGGGAAUAUAGGAGGAAAUAGAAGGUGGCACAGCAUCUUGG